AUGGAUACUAACAAUCCGAUAGAAUCACCCACUAGUCCUUUUGAAUUUGAGAAAGUUAGCAGAGAAGUCGACUCAAUCAUCGCACAAUGCAUGAACGACAUGACUCACGAAGACAGAGAGCAAUCGUACUUGGAAGUCCAUGGAAUUGUAGACAGAUUUAAUGAGACUCCAACGGCAGUUCAAGAAGCUCUAGAGGGAAUGAAGGCAGCAAUUGAAAAGAGUACCAAGAAAGAUGCCUUAAAGCUUGCUGAAUCAAUGGACGAGGCGUACGUCAACGAUUCUUCGCUUCACCUGAAAUUUCUUCGUGGUGAAAAGUUCAACAUUAAAAAAGCUGCACAAAAGUUUGUGCAACAUUUUGAAUUAAAGAUGGAACUGUUCGGAGAAUCUAAUCUUGUAAAGGACAUUGAACAAGAAGACCUGGAUGAAAAUGACACCAAGGCUCUAUAUCUUGGCUACGUUCAAUGGCUACCCCUUAGGGACAUCAGUGGGCGGACGGUCACUGUUUUUUUUCCUGGCAAAGCAACUGCACAACUCGACAGUUUGUCGAGGCAAAGGGUAUUCUUCUAUUUGCGGAUGAUAGCAAUGGAAGAUGAGGCAUUCCAAAAGAAAGGAAUGGUGCUCGUAAUUCCUUCGGGAAAGGAAUCUGAAUUUAUGGAAAAGGUCGAGCAGCCAGCAAUGCAGACCGCUGUGAAAGACAUGACAAGAUUGAGCGAAGCCCUUCCGGGAUACACUCAGAGCAUUCAUUUUUGCUUCUCAAACGUGACAUCGGUCGGCGCGAUUGUAGUCUUUGGCAUGGUUCGUUUCAUGAUGGUCGCAUUUAGUAAUUUGAUUACGAUCCGCUCUCGAAUUCACAAAGCUUCUUCGCAGGAGGAGUGUUUGAGCAAGCUUCAAGCAUUUGGAAUCCCAGUUGCUGUAAUUCCCAAAUCCCCGGCCGAUAAUGAUUAUCACACCACUGUCCUCCAACGAAGAAAACGGUUGGAGCAUAAGCGUCGUCAACGAAAACAACGACAGGGCGAUGAUGGUAAAAGGUCCAGCAGUCAAAGUGAUCAGGAGUCAGAGCAGGUUGAAGAUUCAGAUGACGAAGGAUUUACAGUGUCUUUUGAUCCUCUAGAUGAAAAGUGUAAUUGGAUCUGUGCUGGCCCGGGGCCGAGCGAUGUCAUCCUUGGUCGUGGCCGAAAGGCGAACAACCAUACUGGAAAUAUUCGAUUGCGGACCAUGGUGGAGGAACUAAGUGACGUGUAUAAAACUAGUUCCAAGAAGCAGAAGACGGAGAUCACCCAGAGAGUAGUUGACAGCAUCCAUAUCAACGGAAGAUUCUUGAAGGAGAGCGAAAUGAUUGGGUGGGUGGAAGUACCCGAUGAAGUCGCUCGCAUCAAAGUCAGUCACGCCUUCCGAGAUAGCUAUAAAGUGAAGAGAAAGCAGGCUGACAAGAGUCAGAAUAUGGUGGGUCAAAAGCAUCGGUUGGAAUUGUCUCUAGAGAAGCCGAACAGGAGGGUUGCAUGA